CCAAGGCUAGAGGUUAAGGGCAGAGUACAGCUAGGCUGAGAUCUAGGGGUCAGGGCAGUGACGUCAAGGCUGUGAUUAUGGGCUGGGGCCAGGUUUGUGGAGUUAGGGGAUUCAGUCAAAGGUCAAAGCGAGGCACCUCCCGUUCCCCCUCUCUUUACUGGGUCAUUCCCACCCCCAUACAAACAGGCUGGCUCCCAGCUUAAAAACAGGACAUAAACAAAAUAUUCUCUCCCUUUAAUGGUAGAAUUGUCAUGUCACCAUUUUGCAGCCCUUAUUGGAAUAUUGGUGGUUCUAGACAAGGACUCUUAUUCCCUCCUAACGUCAUGAAAGAGAGACAACUGGAUUUAACGUGCCUCCUGCUAGAAGGCACCCUCAACUGAGAGGUCAUUUGCCAGAAAGCGGAACCUGAAUCCUAUCAGACUUGUCUAGAUUCAUACACCAGGUUACUGGAAAUACCAAGGACAGAAUCGCAUCAUCAAAAUUCAGACAGAGGGAAAGUCCACAAGACAAACAACCAUGUUUCUCCAGCAAGUGAAUUUCAAGGAAAGAGAAGAAAAAGAGGGAGAGAUUGAGAGAUUAAGGAGAAACCUGCAGUAAUAAGACACUUAGAGAUUUAUCAACCAGCGGCAAUUCCUGCACCUUAUUGGGAUCCUGAUUGGAACAAACUAAAAAAAAAGAAAUAGCGACAACCGGGGAAAUUUUGACAUGGGUUGAAUAUUCGACCAUGUUCAGCAAUGUCACCUUCUUCAUCUUUGGGCCUCUCAUGAUGUUUCUGAUGCACCCAUAUGUCCAGAAACGUUCCCGCUACAUUUAUGUCAUCUUCGUCCUCUUCACAGUUGUAGGUCUGUUCUCUAUGUACUUUCACAUGACACUCAGCUUCGUGGGCCAGAUGCUGGAUGAGAUCGCUAUUCUGUGGCUGCUGGCCAUUGGCUACAGCAUAUGGAUGCCCCGCUGCUACUUCCCUGCCUUCCUAGGAGAGAACAGGCCCCAGUACAUCUGCCUGGUCAUCACCGCCACCGUGGUCAGUACCUUCCUGUCCUUCCUGAAGCCCACGAUCAACGCGUACGCCCUCAACAGCAUUGCCCUGCACAUCGUCUACAUCGUGGCCCAGGAAUAUAAAAAGACCAGUAAUAAGGAGCUUCGGCAUAUAAUUGAGGUCACCAUGGUUUUAUGGGCUUUUGCGUUUACUAGCUGGAUCAGUGACCGCUUGCUUUGCAGUUUCUGGCAGUGGAUUAAUUUCUCCUACCUGCACAGCAUCUGGCACGUACUCAUCAGCAUCACCUUCCCCUAUGGCAUUGUCACCAUGGCCAUGGUGGAUGCCACGUAUGAGAUGCCGGACAAAACUCUCAAAGUCUGCUACUGGCCUCGGGACACUUGGCCCAUGGGGCUGCCCUACGUGGAGAUCAGUGAUGACAACAAGAGCUGCUGAGGUCUGCCAGCUUCUUGGCCACCCAGCCACCUGCGUCUUGAGGACAGAAACCUGAAUGGGGAGACUGAGAGGCACUCGCAGUUCCACCCUCCAGCUCCAUUUCCCCAUCCUCCUGGUCCUCCGUGGCCCCAUCCCGAGGCAGGGGAUGGACUUCACAACCUCUCUGUGCUGUAAUCUGAUGGCCCUGGGCGGCUGCCUGGCAGAGCUCCCCUCCACAACCUGCCCCUGUUCUCUUUCACUUCCUCUUCCGGGUUCACUGUUGUCACAUGACCAGGCUGGGUGACCUGGUGCUGUGAUUCUGUGGCAGCCACUGGGA